UGUUUUGAAAAUAAAUCAUGAUAAUUGAACUUUAAUUUGUGUAAGGAGAUACUGCAGUGAAAGUAAUUCUUGUUAGUUCUGUUGUAGCAUGCACCUCUCUGACUGAUGUAAUGUACUGCUGAAUGUCACUGUUCACUUUAAAAAAUGAGGAACCAGAAAAACCACAAGAAAAACACGUACUUCAUUGUCCUAUAAGUAAUGCACAAAAGAUCUAUGUUGCAGAGCUCCAGCUCACAUUUACAUCAGACCUGAGUCUGCAGAGAGAAGAUGGAGGAGCACAGGGUUCAUGCCAGAAGGAACAGGAGAAACUCUGGAAGUGUCUCUGAUUCACAGACUGCCACCAAACCAGGGAAAUGGAUUCUCCUGGUCUGCAUCAGCUUUGGUCUUCUGUGCAUCAUACAAGCUUCUCUCAAUGUUUAUUUACGUCUCUACCUUCCUCCAGACAUCGACAUGAGCCCAUGUGACAAUGUAACUGCUGAGAGGGACACACUUGAGAAACUUCUUCAAACUACUCGCCAAGACCUGUCGAAGCAAAAAGAUAAGCUGCAGAAAAGACAUUCAUCCUUCAAAGAGUGUCAGCAAUCUCUGUCCAGCUCAAGAAAUGAACUGGAGAAACAUCAGUCCUUGCUUGAAACCAGGACCCAAGAGCUAGCUGAAGAAAGAGAAAAACUGAAGCGAAGACUGCAGGACAUAGAUAAUUACGCAUCUGAAGGUUGGGUGUAUUUCCAAGGCAGUGUGUACCUGGGCUCCACCACAGCACAGAGCUGGGAGCAGAGCCGGCAGUACUGUCAGCAGAGAGGAGCAGAUCUCAUCAUCAUCACAAGUGUCCAGGAGCAGACAUUUGCGAGUACAUUCAGCGGGCGCCGAUGGAUUGGACUGACUGCAACCCAGUCUGAACGUAGAAAGUGGAGAUGGGUGGACGGCUCUCAGCUCAACACAAGAUUUUGGUACAGUGGAGAGCCAAAUAACAAAGACAAUCAUGAGUUCUGUGUUGAAACCAACUUCAGAGGCACCGGGAACACCUGGAAUGAUGAAUCCUGUACUGAAAAGCUUCUGUGUAUCUGCCAAAAGAGACUGACAUUUUAAGGUUUAUUUCAAUAUUUACUCAUACAUAAUAUGACUUAUCCACAUUGUGUGUGUGUGUGUGUGUGUUUCAUCACAGUGGUAGUAGUAGUUGUACUGGAGCCCCCCUCAAAAAGUAAAAAUAUCACAUGAAAAAAAUAUGCGUAAGAUUUAUAUUGUGGUUGGUGGUUAAAAUGAAACAGAGACAAAUUUAUUUUAUUAGAAAAACUCUAGAAAAGUAAACUGCACAGUCCAGCACCACACUCGCUUGUUAACCCGUGAUUAUAUCAAAGUUAAAUCUGUACCUGCCUGGACCCGUUAACAUUUCACAUGUUACUCGACUGUGCCCGUGAUAAAUCAGGGUCAGCCCAUUAGUCCGACAGCCCAAUAGUCCCGGACUAAACCAGGAGCACAGGCGGUGAGCUGAUCACCUCCGCUGAUCAGUUAUAUGUAAUAAAUACACUAAAGUCACUCUCUCAACUUGGUCUGCCAUUGUUCCAGGAAAAGACCGGGAAAACUGCACUUAUCUUUUCUUUUCACUUUUUUCAUCAUUCAUUUGAUUUACCUGACCCACCCGUGUGUAAUCACUACCUGCCCAUGCCUGUGGGUACCAGGCACAAUACAGGCUUGGUGUGUGGCGUGGCUAAAUAUCAGGUGAAGCAGAGCAGACUGAAGGCGUGGUGUGGCCAUAGACUGUAUAAAAGAAGUGGACUAAGCGAGUGUGACAUCACCCAUAAUGUUUUAGAGCUGCUAAAAUGAGGCUCCUGAUGCUCACGGUUACAGGAGUGAAUCUGUAGUCAGGCUCUAUGUUAUGAAUAGGAUUUUUUUUUUGAUGGACAAAGUAGCGAAAAAAAAAAAAAAAUCAGGAUCAUGUGUAGAGUGGGUUAAUAUGAACACAAGUCUCAGACACUUGUGUCUCUUUCACUGUGACAGCUCUUUAUGUUCUUGUGUAUUUAGACAACAUUUUGUUCAAAACAAAACAUAUUUGUGACAAUGACGCGAGAAAAUUUUGUCAAUUCAACGCAGAAAGGUUGUUUUGGUUUUCAGUGUAUAUUUAUGCAGGACCUUAAAGACUGCAAAGAUUUAUCAAAAUCAAUGUCUUUGUCUCUCUUUAUAAAAUGUUGAUUUUAUAGGAACUGAAAUAAUUGAAAAAACUGUAACAACAAACAAAAGUUAUUUCAAGUUAAACAGCUAUUGAACAAAUGUCGUCCUCAAAGUGAUCCAUAAAAGUGAUAAAGUGA